UUAAUCAAACAGUAGCCUUUUACAAAUCUGUGAGGCAUGGCCAAAAGGUUUUCAUUGACAGAGGAGAAGCUAGAUGAUCUUUUUGUGGAGGAGGUGGCCAGUGUGGUAAAACUAGUCCUAAGAUUGCCGGAAAAGGAUCAGAUUGUGCCCACUUGCACCCGAUGGCUCAACAUCUUUCAGCAGUCGAAAUCGAAGGAACGAUUUUCCAGGAACUAUAUGCUUCUGCUCCUCCACAAGCAGCUUAAUGAUCGCAGAACAUUGUGUUACCCUUUCACGGAUCCCAACAGUUCUCGGCUGGAUUUGCGCACUCUUCACCAGAUGAGUUUGCAGAAGCAUAACAAUACGGAGCAUCCAGACUCCGGGGAAGAUGUAGCCUGCAGAUCCGAUAAGAGCCUGGAUGAAGAGGACUUGUCCUCCUUCAGUUCCUAUGAGAGUUUGGAGGUGGCCAACCAGAGGUUGAUCAACGAGAAUGCCGCAUUGGCCACGGAAUUGCAGGAGCUUCAGUGUCAGAUAGAAAAAUUACAAGCAAAGCGGGAAAGGAGCGAGAGUUUGAUUCAAAUGCAAAGCGAGCAGAUUUACAUGCUGGACGAGGAGAAUCGCUACCUGAAGCGAAUCUUCGCCUGCUCUUCGAUCAAUGCCCUAAAACAACUCUGCAAUGGACAAGAUCCCGCGGUGUUCUUUGACACUUUGUACAGUGUUCUCUGCGAGGACGACUCCGAUUAUCAGCAGGUGAAGCACUUUAACGAGCAGUUUAAAGCCCUUCUUCGCGACCAUAUCAAUCACUACCAGCGGGUGCAGCGUGCUCCUCUGCUGGAGCAGGCUAGCCAAAGAUACGACAAGUUACGCUCGAAAGUUAGCAAGCGAUACAAAACUGUGCUCGGACUGAAACUGGACGCCCAGAGCCAAGAGUUGACCCUUAGCGCGAUGAAAUAUCUGGCCGCGCUGCGAAAACUCUUCUUGGCCACCUUCGAGGGCAAGUCGAACACCAAGAAGAUGGUCGUCAAGUUCCUGCAGCAGAGCUCCGAGGAAAUAUCCGAGAUGCUAUAGGGAAUGGAUAGCUCACCUGGGAA